GAUGGGGGUGUCUGGCUACGCGCCUGCGGCAAGCGGAACCCGAAGUGCCACUGACAUUGUCAUCACUUUUAUCUGUGUUUGGCACAUGGUGUUUGGUACUUGAGACGUUUGAGCGCAGUUUCAUCUUGCAUCUUGUCAGAUGUUCUGUGUUGUGAACCGGGGAACAGCUGUUGCGUCUUCUUUGCCGAACGUGCCGAAAGUGAAAGUGCAGGCUCACUUGUGCACCUUGUGGCGUCGCUUGUUACCGCUGAAACUCCCCGAAAUCCCAGUGCCCGUACGCUGCGCGGGAGUCCAAAGGUGCACCAUGGAGCCUGUAACACGUCCUCUGUCGCUCCGAACGGUCUAAUCUUGAAACUAACGCAUUCUUUGCCCAUAAUCCGUUUGUAAUAUUACAAAAAAAACAGGUAAGCGCUUGUCGAGCUAAGCCCAUCGAGAAAGGUGUCGGCUGUGCUGCACAGCGCCUUGAAAAGUGAGCCAAGAGACUCGGGCUACCGCUUUUUUUCUCAACUUUGCUAAAGUGUAGCAACAGUGCGCCCGAUCAUUGCUGAUCGAGCCACGGCUUUUACGUUGCUCUUUCUUAGUGGCGAUAAAAUAUACCGAAGCUUUGUAAGCCAGCUAUGUAUCCCAUGUUUGCGGAAAUAUGCUCCCGUUAUCGGCGUUACACGCUGCUGAAGAAGUCUCCAGAUGAAGACAUCGAAGAGUUCAACACAAUUAUGGAAAACAUUAUCUUGCAUCGUAUUGCAGAGGUGAUUAUUAAGGACGAGCCUGCAGAUGUGAACAGCAACAAGAUUGUAAGUUCGGGAAGCACUGCCUCACAUGUGACUAAGUGGCACGGAAUCCUCGGCGAGGGGUGAUCGCCUGCACCAGUGCAAGCUUUGCCAUGGCAUCUUCUCAGGACCAUGCCAUUGGUUUCAGCAUUCCGUUGAGCGCUUGCAGAAGUUGUCGUUCUGGUGCAACAAUUGUGGUGUUGCCUUUUCAUAUCAGGUGGACAUGGUCAUGAACGAGAACACAUACGUCGACAGAAAUACUCCUACUCGUCCAGAAGUACUCGUACUCGCCAUCCAAUGGUCUGGAGUGUCAAGAGUGCUGUGAAGAUACAUAGACUGUAUACUGUUCACAAAGGCUGAACAUGCGAAAGGCUUCAUGUUCGAACACUGUUUGCUACACAAUCCCAUGUAUUGUGUGGCCUUCUGUUUAUUCAGUGUCAGUGGGACUUGCAAAAUUGUUUUAAAUUGUUCGCUGUUUAAUUUUAAAAAUGCAAGUAACAUAGUUUAGUUCAAAGGGAUGGGCAUUGAAAUAAUAAAAUGUGACUGUGUUGAGGGUCCUUGCAGUCUCUUCCAAACAGUAAAAAAGAUGAGACCGCUGCUACUAUUGUAUAAUGUCAUUGAAACACAGUUGCUUACAUGCCUAUCCUGGUUCUGUUAAUUGCUUUUCAUUUUCUUGUUUGUGCAUUCCUCUAUAUUUUGACGCCUACUUUGUGUCUUGAUUGUAUGCAGAACGCCGUGUUGUGUAAUUGCUACUUAUUUAAGUCCUAGUGGAGACACAAUCAUGAAAAAAACAAUACAAGACCAGCCACUAGUGCUGCUUUUAUGAACUUCUGCAUAAGGAACACCUGUAUUUUCUUCUGAUCAACUAGUGCAGAGCGUUGGGAAUGAUAGCAUUUUUUAACCAACAUAGAACAAGAAUGAAGUGCAUAUGUCGAAGAAAGGACUCAGUUGUUGUACUCAACCAGCCCUUUCAUUAUCUGUCCAUUUAGCCAGCUUUGCACAUGGGAUGGUUGAUUGCGCACAACGGACCUGUGGUCAAGAGCACUCCUUUGGGGCCUGGACAGCUUAUAUUCACAGACAUCAUCACUAAAAUUGAACCACCAGAUCAUCAAGGUGACAUUGAAGGUGUUGCAGUUGUGGAAAGUCCUGUUUUGCAAGUGCACACAACAGGCAACUACAGAAACAAGUGCUUUGAGGUAGAUGAUCACCAACACCAGUGCAAGAUCUGUCGGCUGAUCUUUAACACGCGCCUACACCUGCUUCAACACUCCGUCACACACGCCAAGGAGCUGCCGUUCUUGUGUGCCAAUUGUGGCGCAGCCUUCGCGUGCGCAGAAGAUGUGGCGGAGCACGAGAACACCAGGCACUUCAACAAACAGCAGUACCGCUGUGUCGGAUGCCCAGAGACCUGCAGCGACAAGGCACAGCUUUGGCAACAUGUACAGAGCCACUAUGGCAAGCCUGCGUACCACUGCGAGAUGUGCCCCAUGGUGUUUCCCCUGCAGCACCAACUGUCAAAGCACUUGCGGACCCACACCAAGGAGGUGCAUUAUACAUGCAACCAGUGCAAGGCCAGAUUUAUGCACAGGGAGUCACUGGCUAGGCACAGCAAGACCCACCAGGACAUCCGAAAACACCAGUGCCCCUACUGCCCAAAGGCCUUCAUCCACCGGGGCUAUCUCGUGGAGCACGAGAGGAUCCACACGGGAGAGCGCCCCUUCACCUGUCGUAUCUGUAACGAGAAGUUUGUGCAGCGAUCCCACUUGAAUGUGCACAGACAUCGAAUGGGCCAUUGGUGCGAAGGCUUUGGAUCCAUAAGCAUCGCCGUUAAGAGCGAGCCUCAAGAUGACGCUGGCGAGCAGCGCCGCGAAGACGUUGGUCUCGUUGCCUUGCACCUAAUGGGCAGCAAUCAAGACACUGAAUGCUCGGAGAAAAGCAGCCUUCCCCACCGUUGCGAGGUUUGCCAUCAGCUCUUCAACACGGGGCAACGCCUACUCCAGCACUCCGUCGUGCAUUCGCGAGAGUUGCCAUUCUGGUGCACCUGCUGCGGUGCCGCAUUUGCGAGCCUCGAUGACAAGGCAGAACAUGAGAGCACGCAUGCAGACAAGCGGCAGUACCGCUGCGUGCUGUGCUACAAGGUGUGCGGGCAAGAGUCUGUGCUCCGAGGGCACCUCCCAAUCCACUACGGGCAGCCUGGAUUCCAUUGCCACCUGUGCCCUCUUGUGUUUCCUAUACGGCAGCAGCUGACAAGGCACUUAUGCAGCCAUAGCACAAAUACUCCCUUUGCGUGCAAACAGUGCAGUGCAUCCUUCGCCCACAAGGAGUCGUUGACAAGACACAUCAAGACGCACCAAGGCGACCGACGCUUCAAGUGCUCGCACUGUCCCAAGGCAUUCUUCCAGCGGUUCCAGCUGUCUCUGCAUCAGAGAAUCCACACCGGAGAGCGGCCAUUCACCUGCGACAUCUGCAAGAAGAGCUUUGUGCAGAAGGCUCACAUGGUCCUGCACCGACAGGGACAUUUGAAACCAGCCGAUGUUCGGGUGUUGUACUCGUAGGCCUUUCGGUUGCAUCACAUUGGCCUUGAAAAAGCAUUUCCGGUGGGGCACCUGUGACAAGUCUGUGUGCGAAUGUCACGCAGUUGUGCUUUUGGUGACAAAAGACAGGAGUUAGCAACCAAACGUCCACAUAGACUCAAAGGUAAGGUGCUUCUGCCAUGAAUCCAUUUGGUCAUUGUGCAGAUUGUCACAUGCAGAACUAACUAACAUUCAGUUUUCAUCCUCGUGGGCUUCUUAGUCACAUCACGCUGGCCUUGAAAGCAGUUCCCCUCUCAGAAUUACAUCGUUUGUAUAGUAACUUUUAUCGUUGUGCGUUGCUGGGUACGCACAUACAAGUGAAUGGAACAUCUGCCAUCUUAGACUGUUACUAUAAGUGAUGCUCUUAAAGCCUUCCAUACUGGUAGAGUUAAUUGCCAAGAAUUUUCUUCACAUGCUUUAUGAUAGCUCCAGGCCUAGGUAUAGUAUUUCUCUGCAUUCAUAUAUUUGAGAAUCAGUGGGCAUGUAUUGCCAUUUAUUUUGCCCAACAAUGAGGUGUUUAUCUGUGCCUUUUUUUUUUUGUAGACAAUUCUCUGCAUCUAUAAGUUUGACUUGCUCACAUUUAUUUACAUUGGACACCAAAUGGAUAGCAUUAGUAGAUAUAAGCUCAAUAGUCAGUUUUAACUUGUCGAAUGCAUGCACAACACAAUAGCAGAUUCUUAUCUGAGAGCAGGCAGUGCUUUUUUUGCUUAUCUUUCACGUGUGGGGGAAGCUGAACCUCAUGUUAACUCUAAACUGUGUAAGCAAAAGUAACAUGAUUUUUAUACCUAAGGGAAGUGGCCUUUUCUCACAAUGGUUGGGUCUUUUAUUAUGUUUUUUUUAACGGGCUUGGCAUUUUAUGAGCUUCUCAUUUACGAGUAUAGUCAUGAAAUACUGAUACACGUGCAUGCUGUGACUCUUCCAGCAUCUCGUCCUCGUUUGCCGCCAUGUAAAACAAUGCAUAGUAAACAGUUCACGCCUGCUGCUGGCACAACCUGCUGUUAGGUCAAGCUGCCAAACCAAAGGUACAUCCACAUUGUGCUGCACAAUGACUGUGCUGUAAUUCCAGAUGAUACAUGUUCCACGUAACUCUUGAAGGAACGCUAAAGGUGAAUCUUAAGCUAAAGUGACAAGAGUGGCAAUAGUCCUAAAGUGGCACUUUUACCGAGAACAUAAUCUUCCGAACCCCAAAAAAUGACACACUCAGCAGGACUCACACCGCCACUAUAGUAACAUGGUAAAAUGCAGCACCAGCUUCUGUUUUGUAAAUAUGUUGUGUUCAUGAUUGGUAAUGGUUUGUGAUGGAGGACACCAAAAGAGCUUGAGGAGAACUAAGGACACCAUAGUGAGCAAUCGAAUUAAAAAUGAUGAGUGUAACAUAGAUGCGAAAAUGGCAGCGUGGGCUAGAGAGCAAACAUGAGUAUUUGAUUUUCAAAUUCAUAUUAAGAGGGUAAAGUUGCAUUGUGCAGCUCAUGCAUUGUAUAGAACAUAUUAAUCGAUUGUCUACUUGGAUAGCAGAAUGGGGAUAAGAGUAACCAAAUGCAGUUGAAAAUGACAGAGGUCUAGGCGAUGCGAUGGGACUAAAAAAUUUGCAGGUGUAAGCUGAAGUUUGCUCCAGGUCUGGUAGCAGCUGUAAAUUGCUGAAAGAGGUCUUCAUCUUGUAGUGGAACUGAAUAGGCUGAUCAUGAUUCAGCAUAAUCAGGCUUCGAUUUGAUAGGGAACUUGGCUUGGCAACGUUGUGGAAAGCAGCGCAAGCAGACUUUAAGUUAACGAGCCAUCGAGCGUAACGGCAUACUGUGCAAGGUCGAAGGCAGCUGUGCUUUGGGUGUCGUCGGAGUCUUACAAUGGUGGCUGUAGUGGGCAGCUGGCCCUCAUAGGGCACUUGGAUACCAGAUGUCCCAAGGCAUGACAUUGGUAGCAGACAACUUGAGCCAGGUCUUGGCCACUACGAAAAGCUGGGAUACCCUACUGUGCCAAAAUAGCUGCAUACGUAGCUUCUUGUUGAUCCAUGGGCAGCUCUGAGAUGUGCGUUCUUGAUGCUGCACUUCAGGAUGAUGGUGGAGCUGAUGGUUCUGGGUGAGGCUGCUGAUAUUGUGCAGGCUUAGAGGUUCGAAAGUAGUGCAAAGGUGGCUUCAUGGAACCCACACACGGUAACAGGCUUACUUUAGCUUGGAUGUGUUGUGCACUCUUGUCGAUGCUGGUUCAGGUGGCAAUAAAUGCAGCUACCGUGGGCGGCCUGUUGGCUGUGAUGGUGGUAAGGAUCUGUUGUUCGCGUAAACCGUGCUGCAGAUAGUCAAUCUUUUGGGCAUUGGAGAGCUUGACAGGUCAACAUUCAGUUACUCGCAGCUUACCAAAGGCAUACUGGCGCAAGCUUUCGGAUGGUGUCUGGGAUACUUUCAUAACCUGCUCUUGCCACCCAAUGAGGGCCAAUUCUGAGCAAAAAGUGUUCUUGAGGGCCACGUGUAGCGUGGCCCUGGAGGUGUACUGGUUUCCAAACAUAAGAUGCCGGUUUCGUGCGUUACAUUUUAGCUUGCUAGCAGCUAUCAAGCGUGCGGUAACAUUGUUCCACGAAAUAAGCUGCUGCACUCUUCACACAUCAUCAAGCCACAUGUUCACACUUUGAAUGUGUGAGCCAUCAAAUUGCGGAAUGGAAGAUGAUAAAUCCGGCAGUGUAGUCACCACUGCUGCAAGGUGAAGUAGCUGCUGGAGCAACAAGAUUCUGUACUGCGGCUUGGUCGCGAGCCAAUGUUGAUGCAGUGGUCAGAGCGGACGCAACAAAUUCCACUGAGUCGGUUCACUCGCGCCGCUGCCGAAUGUCAGCUUCCAAUCGCUGAAUUAAGCCUUCUUUCGAACCAGUGGUAUCCAGCUGGCCAUGUGCCAACUUUUCCCGUAUGAGGUCGAUGCUGAGGCACAACAUUGUCACUGGGUCGAUGUGAGAUGCUCCCAUAAAAUUCUCGCCAUAUUAUUCCACAGAGCCUCCUGCACGCAGUUAGGCAUUAACUGAGAAAAACACUGCAGGAUUUCUUUGCACUUGAGGAAAUUCACUACCGCUAAAAAGGAUUGAACUGAGAAAUGAUGGUUUUGCCUUGGUAUCAGGGGUUCCUCAGACAAGCGCAUGCAGACAAGCACGAAGAGGAGAGUGAGCGACAGGAACCACUUUAGCCAAAAAGACAGACUAAUGAAAGCCGGCUUCAUUACCAGUCAUUUGGCGGACUGGCAUAGCUGAGUGGCUGGGCUGAGGGUCAGGCUUUGUCUGCGCCGUAUGUGAAGGCUGGACGUAAAGGCUGGGGGCAUUCACUUGGCUUGGCAAGUUAAGGCAACAAAAGUUCUUGAACAGAACACAAUUAAUACAUUACUUGGCCAAAACGCAGCCAUCUGCAGCUGUGGCAGACAGAUAUAUAUAACCAAACUGAAAAAUGCAGAAUCCAGAUAUUGUUGACAGGCAGUUUAAAAUAUGUGCAAGUUAAACAGAAGAAUAGGCUUCAUGUACGAGUGCUAAAAUUUAGAAUUGGGGAUAAAAAUAUUAAUUAUUGCAGCAAAUUAUUAUUUAGUGCAGGUAUACAUGCUUGCCCCCCUUUUUUUAUUACAUCAGUGCCACACACAUUUCGUAAAGUGGGUGAGAAAAUAUAGUUCAACGUGCAAUUUUGUAUUGAACUCUAAUGAACCGGUUGAAACUAAUUCAAACAAAACUGAUAUGUCUGAACUGUAACCCUAACUGAAAUGCAAAGUUUUAGUUCAACAACCUACCUAGCAUAAUAAGCUAUCUCAAAGAGUUUCUGUGACCACACAUCAAGCAGCAGUUACUAUCAAUGCUGUCACAACCUCAGUACUAAACUUAAGUGUGUUUGGCAUGGUUUAACUGCUCACAGUCCCAUGCUUUCUGCCGGUGGAAUAUGUAAUUUAGAGCCCUGGGUCAUGCUGUCUUAAAGUUUCCUGAAAGUCCUUGGUGUGGUGUUUAGGCUCACAAGAAUGUCUCCAUUUUCUGAUGGUCCUCUUCCUCAGUUCUCAUGUUCCUUCAUCACAUCAUGAAAUGCACAACUCCACGUGUGGUUUCCUGUUUCCAAGUACUACUCCACCUCAUGUUUGUUGUCUGAGUGGCAUUUGGAGACGGAGACCUCAGAAUAGGCCACUUAUUAAUUCAUAUGAUAUAACAAUUAUAUUUUUAUUUAUUUAUUUAUUCAAAAGAACCUUACAGGCCCUAUGGAAGGGCAUAAAGUGAGGGGGGCACAUUAAACAGUAAAAGGUAUAAAAAGUACAAAUUUCUAAUAGGAACAGAGCUAUGAAAAGAUUACCAUGUUACACAAUAUUGAAGGCACUAGGAAUACAAAGCAAUAUAUGAAGGCACACGAACACUUGUUACUGUUAACAGAGCAAAGGAAUGCCAUUUAUGAAAAUGAUAUACAACAUGGCAAAAAUGCACGAUAACAUGCACUAGAUUGGUCACUCGUGAAUGGUAUUGAGGCCAUCCAUCAUUGCAAGCUGAGUGUUGAGGAGGCUGUGCGAAAAUGUCAAGUUCUCUAAGUAGUUAAUAAUCUCGCAGGAGUGGCAACCAACACGAUACUCACCACCAUGUCAUGGAGAGCACAUGCGAAAGUAGUGACAGUAAGCUCGUGUGCAUAGAGCAUCCUCUAGUCCAAGCAUCGUUUGCUUGCGCUAUUACAUUCAGCAAGACUAGCCCUUGCUGGUUAUCAGAUCUACAUCCUACAACCGCUUAUUGUAACUAUUGUGUGCACACAAGAGCCAUGGUACAUGACACUUAAGUGCAGCAGAUGGGAACUAUGCAUUGCUUGCUCAAAAGCACAUGUGAGCAUUUGUGCUUCCAAUGGAACUACAUCGAGCUGAUUGGAAUACCUUAGCAGAUGAUGCUUGGACCACGGGUUGCUCCACUCACACGCACUUACUUGGUGCUCUUGCAUAUUGCAUAUGUGCUCCUUGACACUAGAUUACCAUUGUGUCAGUUGGCAUUCCUGCAAGAUUAUUAAGAACUUGGAGAGCUAUACAUUAUCUGAACACCAGUGAUGCUACUGAACGGUGUGCCAUGUUUUUGUCAGUCACAAACAUGCUGACUCAAAUUCCGGAGGAAGUUGCACGUUUCUCCUGUUUGGUGCAGUCUUCCUGCUGCCUUCAUUGUGAGUUGUGGCAUUCAAAAGAUAGUGAAGAUGCUGCUCCAGCCAGCUUUCUGUUAUCUUGAUUAUGAUUGACAUUGUGCCUAUGGUAAGCCAUUAAUAGCCCCCAUGGAACCAUGCAAUGUAAUGCUGUGGCCAUGAUCAUCGGCCUUAGUUAACUGCAGCUAACUAGGGCCAGCUCAUUGUGUUUAGUAGUAGGCUAGAACUGUUUAGGCAGUACCAGUUGCUCAUUCUGUAGAACUGCAUAAUUUCAUUGCAAAUGGAUGUAAUUUGUAAGAAACAUUAUGUGCAUAAGACGCAGUGUGAUCAUUGUGCAAAAUUGUGUGUGUAAUUGCGUGCGCAGUUUCUCUUACCAUGCUUUGUAUGAACAUAUGAGGAGGGACCUCAGAUGUUGUACUUUUGUCCUUGAGCUUUUGCAUGGGCUUGUUGGUGCUGAUGUACCAAUAAAUGUUUCGAUAUGCUUUGUUCUGCUUUUGAAGUUUUUCACAUGGGAAUGUGAACUGCUUGAGUUGCAGUACAGAAUGAACUUAACAUUGAUACAUUUGAUUUCAUAUCUGCAUUUUAUACCUGUAUUUUAUACGUAGGGAAAGGCAGAAAUUGUGAACGCACUCAUGCAUCUUACACUUCCAUUUAAACCUCCCUGAUGCCAUAAACAUUAGUUGCGCGUUAGCCUCAAUAAUCUAAAGUAAAUUAUGUUGGCUAUAAGAAGACAGCUUUGUGAAGCAUGAAAAAAAACAGGAAGACGUCUCUGCAUGUUUUGCUGUGAAUGACAUCUAAGCUCACAAGCGCAGUUGUGCUAGGUUAGUUCACGACGUAGAUGUCAAUGGUGGCUUCAACACAGUGUCAUUAUACUUCAGUUUUUGUUAUGUACUGCAGACAACCACCUUCACGGACAUGGCAUGACAAUUUUGUGUUUCUGAGCACGUGACUGACAUUCUAAAACAAGACAAAUUUGUUGCACGCUUCUUUGUAAAUGUUGCAUGCUGCUUUAUUCAAUAAACCUUUUCUCUUGACAAAAAUGCAACAUUCUUGAUAUAGCAGACAUAUAAUGUGAACAAGGCUAACGUCCAGUGUCUUUCAUGUGACCGCUAGAACAUUAACACAUUACCUACCUCUCGUUGUUUCUCUUGGUUGUCAAAAUGUGCCCAAAAAGUCACUUGCAAAAAAUAAUGUUUUCGAAAAUUCCACAUGAGUUGUUCUUGUUUGCUUUGUUGUUGUUAUUGCUAUGUGCGUCUGAGACAUUGCUGAGCUGUCGUGAUCCUUUAGCCUUGGAUGUUCACAGGCCAUCCAAUCAAGAGCCAUGCAUGUUUAACCAAAGCAUGACAGUGUUUUCACACACAAGUUCUACCAAGCACGUGCUACCUGUGGUGAUUGCAUACCUUCAGCCUGACUUUUGAUGGGUUAUUUCUAGAAAAAUAGUCAGCUUUGAGUUUGUUUUAAAUUGUCCGCUCUGUUAUAAUUGUAGGCUUUGUUACCUUUGGCCGCUUAUUUAACAAAGGAUCUAGCAGCAAGCAUAGGUUAAAAUUUUGUGUUGUUUUGCGACAUUUUAAUGCAUAAACUUUAAUACGGUAAAUUGGAGAGUACAUCUACAUUAUUGUGUACACUCGCUAUGGGCAGGAUGCUUUCUGGAGGCAUAUGGUGGCUGUCACAAACAAUAGUGUGUAUUAAGGCAGGCUUUGGGGAUGCUACAGUGAAUGGGCUGAGCAAUGCUUGAAUUGACCUUUACAUUUGCACGUAUUUAUGUCUUUGUUUGAAAUGUAUUACUUGUACUUGUGCUGCGAGCAAGUUUCACUCUUGCUCGCUUCACUUGUUGCCUGCUUUGAGUUUGAUUAUCUUUUGUGCCCUCUCAUUGUAGUAAUUUCCGCUCUUGAUCUUUUAAAAUGCAGAAGCAAGCAAAAGUAACUCAACAAAUUGUGGGGUUUCCGGCUCUCGCAGUGGUUGUGUGGAGCCGUUGCGUUGUGUUGCCGGGGGCUACGUGUCCCUCUCCUCCUUGCCUGGACGGGGUGGCAGCGGGUCAUAAAACACUGUCGCUCUGCUGUCACCCCGCCCACGCGAAGGUCAACAGGCUUUUCCCAUUGGCCGACAUUUUGGCGGGAUUCGGGCCCUGCUUGCGUGCACUCCGGGUAAGCGCGUGCAAGACGGGACCCCGGGGACACCACAUCGGGGCGUUGGAAGGUGCGUACGUGUUCCUCUCUGCCGGCGGCGGCCCCCUUUGUACGCCGCUGGCCGAUGGUUACUCCGGCUUGUCGGGGUCCCGGCCUCGGCGGGCGUGCGCGCACUCUUCCGUCGUCUCGAUGUCCUGAGGCAGCGUCUGCCGAUCGUGCCCCCGUCUGUUCGUCUGUCGUUUCUCUCUAUUUCCCUUUUCUCUGCUGUGGGGCGCACGAUGGCAGGCGCUGACCGAAGGAUAGGCAAAUUCUUACUGCUGGGGGUUCUUUGUUUCUCUCCCUGUCGCGGUGCGCCGUUAGCGGCCACCGGCGACCAUUUGGCUAUGGUUUGUGUGAUUAAUAUUCGGAUGUUAUGUUAAAACGUGUGUCUGUAUUGAAUCCAACCUUAAUAAAUGUUCUUUUUGACUUAUCGA